UUAGUUUAUUUUAGCUGAUCAGAUCCAGGGCCUCACUGUGGAUACCACAUGCUGUGGGUAUUGUACGGGAACUGACAGAAGGGAGGGGAGAGCAGACCUCUUAUCAACCCUGUGCGCAAACCUAGUGAAGUAAAAAAGAUUGUGUGUGGAGGGAGUCAGCGAGUGUGGGGGACUUGUAGCACCUAUGCCCAGACUCCCUGCCUCCAGGGACCUUGGGGUGUGUGGUAAGACCCUGGUGGACACUCACAUCUCACACUUGGGGAACAGGGGGCCCAGUGUUCUUUUGAGGGCCUGUGGCUCUUCUCGCUGACCCCCUCCUCUAGCUCAAGCUCCCCACCCCGCACCCCGGGCUGAACCCACAACCUGGCUCAGGGAGGUGGGAAUUAUGAGUGGGGGGGGCUGGGGACGGUGGGAGGGGAUCAGAGGGUGGCAGCCACCGACCUCAGUAGGGUAUCAAGGAAGCCACCAAAAGAGAAAGCGGGCAGAGGGCAGGUUCAGGGGCUCUUCCAAGCAUCCUCCUUCCUUCCACAGCCCCUUUGCCACCCCUCCCUUGUGAAGUGGAGGAAGCAGGAACCCCCUUCUGCCCAAGACCCUCUGAAGCACCCAAGCCUCUCCUCAGGGACUUGGCAGUGGGCCUGGUGGGAGAGCAGGCUUGGCGCAUCCAUGGCCUCAGCCCACAAUUGGGGUGCCAGCGGCUGUGGGCUGAGACCAGGUUGAGGGCCCCAAGGCAGCACCUCUAAGCUGUAGGCCCGCCCCCCUUACACAUUAGCCAGGCUGCGGGGUGCCCUGGGCUGUAGGAGAGCAGGGUUUACAGUGGCCACAGCUGGGUAGAAUGGACGGCCUCCAGGACAGGGCCCCCCAGCGCCAAAGGGGCUGCUGCCCUGCUCUGCGGAGGCUGGUUCCUGCCGGCUUUGGGGCUGAGGCCUGGACACUCUUUGUCCUAUCGGGACCCCUGUUCCUGUUCCAGGUGCUGAACUUCAUGAUCUUCGUGGUGAGCUCAGUGUUCUGCGGGCGCCUGGGGACUGUGGAGCUGGCCUCGGUGACCCUCUCCGUGGCUUUCGUCAAUGUCUGUGGGGUGUCUGUGGGGUUCGGCUUUGCCUCAGCCUGUGACACCUUGAUGUCCCAGAGUUAUGGUGGCCCCAACAAGAAGUUUGUGGGCAUCAUCCUGCAGAGGGGGGUGCUCAUGCUGCUGCUCUGCUGCUUCCCCUGCUGGGGGCUCUUCAUCAACACCGAGCAGAUCCUGCUCCUCUUCAGGCAGGACCCGGGUGUGUCCAGGUUGAGCCAGGAGUACGUGCUGAUCUUCAUCCCUGCACUUCCGGCAAUUUUUCUUUAUGGCCUGCUGGCAAAAUAUUUGCAAAAUCAGGGCAUCGUCUGGCCCCAGGUCCUCAGCAGCAUCACGGGCAACAUUGUGAACGGCUUGGCCAACUACGUCUUGGUUUCCAUGCUGAGUCUGGGGGUCAGGGGCUCUGCCUAUGCCAACACCAUCUCCCAGUUUGUGCAGGUGAUCUUCCUCUUCCUCUACAUUGUGCUGAAGAAGCUGUAUCUGGAAACGUGGGCAGGCUGGUCCAGCCAGUGCCUGCAGGACUGGGGCCCCUUCUUCUCGCUGGCCAUCCCCAGCAUGCUCAUGAUGUGCAUCGAGUGGUGGGCCUACGAGAUCGGGAGCUUCCUCAUGGGUCUGCUCAGCGUCCUGGACCUCUCUGCCCAGGCCAUCAUAUACGAGGUGUCCGCAGUUAUCUACAUGGUCCCCAUGGGGCUCAGCAUCGCCGUCUGCGUGCGAGUGGGCACUGCCCUGGGGGCUGCAGACACCGUGCAGGCCAAGCGUUCGGCCAUCUCGGGAGUGCUCUGCACAGUUGGCACUUCUCUGGUGAUGGGAGUCCUGCUGAGCACCCUGAGAAGCAAAGUGGGGCACAUUUUCACCAGUGAUGAAGAAGUCAUCAGCUUGGUGGAGCAGGCACUGCCGGUUUACACUGUCUUUCAGCUCUUCGAGGCCCUCUGUUGUGUCUAUGGUGGCAUUCUGAGAGGCACAGGGAAGCAGGCUUUUGGUGCCAUCGUGAACGCUAUCAUGUACUACGUCAUCGCUCUCCCACUGGGCAUUGUGCUGACCUUUGUCAUCCGAAUGAGAAUCAUGGGCCUCUGGCUGGGCUUGCUGACCUCGGGCCUCACGGCAGUUGUCGCCUUUGUUGUUUACACCAUCCGCCUCAACUGGAAGCUGGCCGCGGAGGAGGCUCAGAGACGCAUGGGGCUACCCCAGCAGAGCACAGAGAUCCCCGGGAACCUUGCAAGCAUGGUCCACAGACCUGGACCUGAGAAGGUGGUUGCAUCCUCAGUGGCUACAGGCAGCUACCCUGGCAUUAUCCUGACAACAUACUCAAGGCCCGAGUGCCACCUGGACCUGUCCAGGACUCCGGAAGCGGCCUGUGCCUUCUCAGUGCCCGCCAGCAAACUCUCGGUGAAGCAGCUGGCUCUCCGCCGGACACUGGCUCUAGGAGUGGCCUCGGCUUUGCUGACAGUGGGGCUUGUCAUUAGGUGCUUGACCAGCAGCCACUAGCAAAGCAGCACAGACACAAACACGCCAAGGUGAUCUCUGGAUCACAACUCAAAAGGUGAUCCUCAUCCAAUGCCUCCUGGGACACAAGGGGCCCAGAACUGCACAGAUAAUGCUAUCGUGGUCAAAACAGCCUUCCAGGAUUGCUCGUUGAUCUCAAACAAUAAAAACAGCAAGGACCAGGGAUCACAGUCCUAUUCAAUAAUGGCCACAGCUUCCUAUUGGAGAUUGGAAAUCUCUUACAUUAAACACUAAGAUAUUUCCUAAGCCCAACUGCUUUCUGAGUCUCUUCAUAAAGUCUUUGAAGCUCUCCAAGGCUGCUCUCACCAUCUGCUCCCUGCCUCGUGACAGGAACUGAGAUGCCACUGGGGCUACUCCUCUCAC